AGGAGCUCGGCCGCUUUUUCAGUCGCGCCGUGCGUCACCACCGUCACCCACGCAGUCGGCUCGGCGCGCUGCCUGUGUGCAAACCUUUUUUCACGUUUCUUGGAACUCGCGCCUUGGCGGAGGCGGCAGCUUUCAUUUUGACGCCCAUCACUCAGAACAUCAAGUGCUACAUACCGGCUGAGGUAUUCCUACUUCGACUAAACCAGAAGAUAGCGAGUGCAGUGUGCAUUCAUUUAGCGGUGCGGUUGCAAAGUGAAGAACCAGAGAAAAUAGCGAAACAAUGAUUGGAGUACACGUGUAUGUGCGGCGUGGUUCGGAAAUGUGCGGUGUUUGUGAACUCGUCUAGAGCUUGUCUAGAGAACGUCUACCACCAGUCUACAACUCGUCUCGGAGCGACAUACAGGCGUCGCUCGGGAUUCACGCUCCGAAGCCUGAGUGCUCUUUGUGCAUCCGAAACUUCGUUGCUUCCGAAGAUACGUUAUGGUGACAUUGAUGCCUAGCUGCGCCGUCGUUUGGACGGAAUAGUAUCCGUGCACCUGAAAGCCGGAACAUUGUACGGACGACAUGGCACCUCGGGACCAAGCGGCGUCUAUCGACGGGCUGCUGAUGCGGCUACGCAAGGCAGUCGCGCCCGCCCUGGAGCCCAGAGCCAGCGUCCCUGCUGCACCGCAUGCCGCCCGUGCUCCAGCGGCGCCCCAACCAGCCGCGCCCGCUCCGGCAGCUCCAGUGGCUGCUCCCGCCCCAGAACCCACGCCGCCAACCGUAGCAGCCGGUGUCGGAGCGGCUGCCGCAGGUGCUGUCGCCGCCGGUGCCGCUCCGUCAGGUGGUGCACCGGCUGCAGUACCUGCAGCGCCAGCCGUGCCAGCCGCACCGGCUGCCGCACCGGCUGCCGGGGUAGUUGCAGUACCGGCUGCCGGAGUGGUUUCAGCACCAGCCGGCGCCGGAGUAGUUGCAGCACCGGCAGCCGCCGGUGCCGCCACUGGCUCGGCGGCAGCUGCUGGAGCGGCCGCACCGAACAACGUGACGGCCGUAGUGGCUGCUGCUCCAGAAGAAGAGGUCUUAGAGGAGAUGCUGCACAAAGCCUCCGACCUUACGCACAUUCCUCUAUGGGGCAUCGUGAUGAUCCUGAUCGCAGUGGCGCUGCUGCUGCUCUGCAUUUGCUUCUGCUGCCUGCGGCGCUGGUGUCGCCGGCGCAAGAAGGACGCCAAGAAGGGACUCAAGGGCGCCGUGGACCUCAAGGGUGUCCAGCUACUAGGCAAUGCCUACAAGGAGAAGGUCCAGCCGGACAUGGAGGAACUACAGGACAACAUGGAAAACAAUGAGGGUGACGGUGAGAGCAAAAAGUCCGAGGAGAAACUGGGCAGGCUUCAGUUCAAGCUGGAUUACGACUUCAACACCAGCAACCUUGCCGUGACUGUGAUCCAAGCAGAAGACCUGCCUGGGUUGGACAUGUCCGGCACGUCCGACCCGUACGUCAAGGUUUACCUCCUCCCGGACAAGAAGAAGAAAUACGAGACCAAGGUGCACCGCAAAACCCUCAAUCCUGUCUUCAACGAGACGUUCAAUUUCAAGGUCCCAUACGCCGAGAUCACCACCAAGACGCUUGUGUUCGCCAUCUUCGACUUUGACCGCUUUUCCAAGCACGACCAGAUCGGUGAGGUCAAAGUUCCUAUGAAUACCAUUGACCUCGCUCAGACUAUUGAGGAAUGGAGGGACCUGACUGGCGUUGAGGGAGAGCAAGGACAGGAAAACAAGUUGGGUGACAUCUGUUUCUCACUCCGUUACGUUCCCACGGCCGGCAAGCUGACUGUUGUUAUCCUGGAAGCCAAGAACCUUAAGAAGAUGGAUGUUGGAGGACUCUCUGACCCGUACGUGAAAAUCGCACUGAUGAUGAAUGGCAAGAGGCUGAAGAAGAAGAAGACCAGCAUCAAGAAGUGCACCCUGAAUCCUUACUACAAUGAGUCCUUCACUUUCGAAGUCCCGUUCGAACAAAUACAGAAGGUGCAGUUGGUUGUCACGGUGGUCGACUACGACCGCAUCGGGACGUCGGAACCCAUCGGGAAGGUUGUGCUGGGCUGUAACGCCACGGGCACCGAGCUGCGUCACUGGAUGGACAUGCUGGCAUCGCCGCGUCGACCCAUCGCACAGUGGCACUCGCUCAAGGAGCCCACGGACGGACAGGACAACUGAGCCAACGCAGGCCUCAGAGGUGCAAAGGCGACAUAUUUAAAGGCCACCCUUUUCCCUGCACUUUACGGGGCGACUCCCAGCGUCGUCGGACCGAGGCGUUCGAGAGUCGUUUGCUGUUUAAUUGCACCGUUGUUGAUUGGUUCUCCCCUGCCCCGUGUACCGUUAUUCCUCGCAUAUUCCUACCUACUUGUUUACGUGUGUGUUCCUGUGUUUUUCGAAAGGCAGGCGGGAGACGGUGUACAUAUAAAAAAAAAUGUUAACGCGGUCAUGAGCAGUGAACGACCGCAUCUGCUUCUGUUACUUUGUUAAGCUGAAUGUCCGGCCCCCUGUGUGAUGGGCUUAACAGUCAAAAGGCUACGUGUAUGGUUUUAUCGCUGUGGAAAACUGUGUUCGUCCUGCUAAUCACAAGAAAGGGAUGUUCUCUGGAAAGAUUUUUAAAGGGAAACUAAACAUCAACGUUACGCUAAUUUCUAUAUUGUUGGCGCGUAAAUAAUGGCAUUGACUAGCCAGUGCGUCUCUCGAUUUAAGCUCUAGGCCGUCGCAUUACUUGAUUUCAUAAAAAUUCUACGAAUCAGAAAAAGAGUUAUUGAUGUUACAAAAUCAAAGUUUUUGGCGUCUCCUGAGCUUAUGUGGUUUUAUGUAUGCAGUAAAUGCAGCUGAAAGCAUUUUCGUGAGACUCGAAGCGAGUUCACUUGCAGUGUAUGCAAAGUUGUACCACGUGGUAAUGUGCUGUGUUUCAUGACGCAUAAGUGAAAGCUCGGUUGACGAGGGUAUGUUUUUUUAUUGGUUCAUUGAAUUUUAUCAAUUGAAGAUUACGUGCUACCCAGUGCACGCAAAUUAUGAAGCUACAAUGCCUCACACUGUGUUCCCUUGUGUUUACGCCUCGUUUAUACGAGUACCUAUCUCGGCUCUCAGUAUGUCCUCCUAGUGACUUUCUUCGACUUCAGACACGCGCUCUAUGAGAAGUACUGCGUCGAGGGCUCAAUACGUUAUUCUCCUUAAGUCGACCGAGUUGAAUACCGUUUCUGCUUUCUCGUCAGUUGUAGUUCGUAAUUUUCUAUGCAUCCAACGAGCUUUAAAGCACGCCGUUUCAAGCCUCAAUUGGAAGAGUGGGUACACACUGCUUCCAGCUGUCCGCGCCCUUGAUAGCAGCGCAGCUGUGGUGUAAGAGAUUAUCUGUAUGGCGUGAGGGAACGUGUAUUGUGUACUUUUACGUGAAAGGUGAUGCUUCGUUCAAAGUCCUGAGUUCUUUCGUUAAUUGUGUUUAUUUAACCGGCUAAUUUCGCCAUUUUCUUUCUGCGCCGUUACUGAACAAAAAGGUACCUUUAUGGUGGGGUUUCAAGUCGUGAGGAAUUCUUUAACACUUCUGUUGUGUGCACAAUGAAAAUUCUUCGUCAGGCGCAGCACUCGGUUAACCGUAAGAUUCUCUAUAGCAGCCUAUAAUGUGAAGGGUGGCGUUUAUUUUACUAGCAUGAACUUUAAGACGAUGACACUGCAAAAACCUGCUCAACAUAUCUCCACAAUUGGCAUGGUGCUUCAUAUGUGUUCGUAAAGGUUCAUUCCCUUUACGGCUGAACCUUAACAUGUUUCAGCUGUGUAUAAAAAAAUAUGAUGUCGAAAAUGUAAAACGUCAUUCUUGAAUGUC